UCGGUCGGUACUUCUCUCCACUCUUUUAACCUCAUCACUCCCCAUAUACAGACUCUCUUCCGCAGUUAUUGUCACAACUCCUCAAAUGGAUCUGUUAAUAUCUAGUGUUUUAUUUUGCAUUCAUGUACUAACUAUUUAUUGUAACACGGGUACGUUUGGCGACGUUGUUGUGGAUCGGUACGACAUACCAAGAGUUUGUCCUCGAGAAGUGCAGACUGAAGAUUUUAUCCGUUAUCACUUUAACGGAACCUUCUUUGCAGACGGGAAAAAAUUUGACUCCAGCCAUGACCGAGGCAAUCCCUUCAUCAGCCAGGUGGGACUGGGCAGACUAAUCGCAGGGAUGGACCGCGGCCUUCAGGGCAUGUGUGUCAAUGAACAAAGGAGGAUCACAAUCCCCCCACACCUGGCCUAUGGAAGCAUCGGGACAGGUGGUGUAAUUCCCCCUGACGCUGUGUUGGUGUAUGAUAUUCUCCUGUUGGACAUCUGGAACACUGAGGACAAGGUGGAGAUCCGCUCCUUCGGCAUACCUGCAGGCUGCAACCGCACCACAGUGAAAUCAGAUUUUGUCCGUUUCCACUAUAACGGCACCCUGCUGUCGGGCGCAGCCUUUGACUCCAGUUACACAAGGAAUUCAACCUAUGACGCGUACUUGGGACAGGGCGACCUCCUCAUCAAAGGCAUGGAAGAGGGGCUUUUGGGCAUGUGUGUUGGGGAGAGAAGGAUCAUCAUAAUCCCACCUUUCCUGGCGUAUGGAGAGACUGGCCACGGAACCUUGGUCCCUUCUCAGGCUACGCUGGUGUUUGAGGUGCUGCUGGUGGAUGUGUUCAACCCUAAAGAUGAUCUAAUUUUUGUGGUGAAGGAGGUGCCUGAAGGCUGCACCCGCAGGACGGUGACUGGAGAUUACGUCCGCUACCACUACAACGGCACCUUCCAGGAUGGCUCAGCCUUUGAUUCCAGCUACAAGAGGAACAGCACCUACAACACUUACAUCGGCAUGAGAUACGUGAUCCAAGGAAUGGACAAAGCCCUGCAUGGGCUGUGCAUAGGAGAGAAGAGGAGGAUUACCAUCCCUCCUCACAUGGCGUAUGGCGAAGAAGGAGUUGCUGAUCUCAUUCCUGGCUCUGCUGUGCUGGUCUUCGACAUUCACGUCAUAGAUUUCCACAACCCCAAAGAUCCAGUUGACAUUAAAGUUACCCACAAGCCCAAGGAAUGCACAGUGACCACUGAAGCUGAUGAUCUGAUUCAGUAUCGUUAUAACUGCUCCUUGAUGGACGGCACCUUGCUAUACUCCUCGGAAGAGUUUGACUCCCCUUCCAUCACGACUCUCGGAGCGGAUAAGGUGAUUCCGGGUCUGGAGGAAGGAUUGAGAGGCAUGUGUGUGGGCGAGAAGAGGGAGGUGGUCGUUCCGCCACACUGGGGACAUGGUGAAAAUGGAGCUGGGGAUGUUCCCAGGAGCGCAGUGCUGUUCUUUGAGCUGGAGUUGGUCAAUCUGCAGAAGGGUGUUCCUGAAGGCUUCAUGUUUGUGUGGCUGGGAGACAGCCCGGAUCCCCUCUUUCCUGCGAUGGAUCUCAAUGGUGACAAACAGGUCCCUCUACAGGAGUUUUCAGACUUCAUCAUGCUCCAGGUUGGAGAGGCCAAAGGUCGUCUUCGGCCAGGGUUUGAUGCCGACACCAUCAUUCAGGACAUGUUCAAUAACCAGGACCACAAUAAAGACGGGAAGAUCGUAGAGGAUGAACUGAAAAUUCAGGGGGAUGAGGAGUCUCAACAAGUGAAGCGAGACGAAUUGUAACCGGGACAUGGGCUGUAUUGUAUUGGUGGUGAGGAACAGGGAUGCAGGGGAUGAAGUCAUCUUAGAAACAGUCCUGCAAUUUUGAAAAUGCUUUGGAGAUAGAAACAUGUUGAGCCUUUUAAGGCAGUCCUGUUUAACUAUGUUUAAUUAAAAUAAUUUGUGCACACGAAACAGGUGCGAAAAUGUGAAAGAAACAAUAGUCUGUAGUGAAAUUGUGUUCUGUUGAACGAGGCAAAUUUGAUGUUUCAAUUUAAAAACCUUGAAAAGCAUUUGGGCUGGGCCCCUCUUCCAGAGCAUAACUUUAUAAAAUUAGAAAUCAAUGCCUCAUAUAAACAUGAUGAAAAAACACUUGAUUGUACAGAAUAUGUUGGAGUAGCUUUUUUGUAUUAAAAAAAGGUCUAUUAUAUAAAUAGUAUUAUCAAAGUGUGUUGUGAAACAUUAAAUAAACAGUUUUGUAGUAAAAUGAAAACUUUAUUUCACACGAUCAUUAUACAUUUUUCUUUUUGAUGACAGACAACAGUGUAGAAAUGGGGGAGACAGAGGUAUGAAAAGUGCGACAGAAUCAAACUACAUUUCAGACUGACUGAACAUGGCAUUUUAACCACCUAUGGUGAUUGAAAUCUUU